UCAUUGCUUCUUCAGACUACAUGCUUCGUCCUCCGCAACCUGCAGUAUAUUUAUUUGUGUUUGAUGUGUCCCAUAAUGCAAUAGAAGCUGGAUACUUAGAAGUUGUGUGUCAGUCUUUGCUGGAAAACUUAGACAAGUUGCCUGGAGAUACAAGAACAAAAAUUGGCUUCAUAACAUUUGAUAGCACUGUUCAGUUCUACAAUUUGCAGGAAGGAUUAUCACAGCCUCAGAUGCUCAUUGUUUCAGAAAUUGAUGAUAUUUUCCUGCCUAUGCCUGAUAGUCUACUUGUCAAUCUGCAUGAAAGUAAAGAGCUAAUUAAAGACUUGCUGAAUGCACUACCAAGUAUGUUUACCUACACAAGGGAAACACACAGUGCAUUAGGCCCAGCUCUUCAAGCUGCCUUUAAACUGAUGUCUCCAACUGGUGGGCGUGUAUCUGUGUUUCAAACACAGUUACCUUCUGUGGGCACAGGAUACCUACACUCUCGGGAAGAUCCUAAUCAAAGAUCAAGCACCAAGAUUGUUCAACAUCUUGGACCUGCAACAGAUUUUUAUAAAAAAUUGGCACUUGAUUGUUCAGGACAGCAGACAGCUGUGGAUUUGUUCCUCUUAAGUUCACAGUAUUCUGAUUUGGCCUCUCUCGCUUGUAUUUCCAAAUAUUCUGCUGGAUGCGUCUAUUAUUAUCCAUCUUUUCAUCAUAUCCACAACCCUGUUCAAAAAGAAAAACUGCAAAAAGAUCUUCAAAGAUACUUUACACGAAAGAUUGGAUUUGAAGCUGUAAUGCGAAUAAGAUGUACAAAAGGGCUUUCCAUUCACACUUUUCAUGGUAACUUUUUUGUGCGAUCUACUGAUUUGUUGUCACUUGCAAAUGUAAAUCCUGAUGCUGGAUUUGCAGUGCAGAUGUCCAUCGAAGAAAAUCUCACAGAUACAUCACUAGUUUGUUUUCAAACAGCACUUUUGUAUACUUCCAGCAAAGGUGAACGGAGAAUUAGGGUGCAUACACUUUGUUUGCCUGUAGUGACUUCCUUGAUGGAUGUUUAUGCUGGAGCAGAUGUACAAGCAAUUAUAUGCCUCCUAGCUAAUAUGGCUGUGGAUCGAUCUGUUUCAUCAAGUUUGUCAGAUGCUAGAGAUGCUUUAGCCAAUGCAGUCGUAGAUUCGCUGUCUGCAUAUAUGUCAACAGCAUCAAACCUCCAACAAUCCGCUUUGAUCGCUCCAUAUUCUCUCAGGCUGUUCCCACUGUAUAUUUUGGCUCUUUUUAAACAGAAAGCUUUUAGAACAGGCACAAGUACACGUCUGGAUGAUCGCAUAUAUGCUAUGUGCCAAAUAAAAAGUCAGCCUCUGGUUCAUUUGAUGAAGAUAAUCUACCCCAAUUUAUAUAGGAUAGACAAGCUUACUGAUGAGGGUGCAAUACAUGUCAACGACAAAGUUGUACCCCAGCCCCCUCUUCAGCGAUUGUCUGCUGAGAAAUUGACACGGGAAGGAGCUUUUCUUAUGGAUUGUGGCUUGAUCCUCUACAUUUGGCUUGGAAGAAGUUGUGAUAAUAACUUCAUUAAAGAUGUGCUUGGGUAUCCAAAUUAUUUGUCAGUACCCCCAAAACUGACACAGCUUCCAGAAUUAGAUAAUGUUUCUUCAGAGCGAACCAGGUCCUUUAUAACUUGGCUGAAGGAUAGUAAAUCUUUAAACCCAGUACUUCAAGUAAUUAAGGAUGAAAGCCCAGUGAAGACAGACUUUCUUCAGCAAUUAAUUGAAGACAAGACAGAGGCUGCAUUUUCUUACUAUGAAUUUUUGCUUCACAUUCAACAACAAAUUUGUAAGUGAGAGGAAACAAACAGAAGGAGGAAAAAAAUCCCUGUAUUUUUUAAUCCAAGUGUCACCUUGUCAAGCGAACCACACUGGAAGUGAUUAAAACCAAGCAUAGAUUCUUUAGUAUCCAUAUACAAAGACGUUCAGUUGUGAAAGGACAAAAUACACAUUGCUAAAUGGAUUUUACAAUUCUGCUUUGUUAUAAAAACGAUGGACAUGACACAAUAGUAGUAGUAUGUUUUCAGUUAGUUUUUUAUGCACUUCCAGUAGUGCAACACUACAGCGUUUCUCCGUAUUUCAAGCUGGUGGUCAUAUGUGGCAGUGUGGAAUAGUAUUUAUUAAUGAAAUCCAAAACCAGAGAGUCUCUUUCUCAGCAUCUCAACAUUUAAGAGCCUUUCCAGAUGAUCUCCAGCAGAGAUGCCAAAAGGCAGUGCUCCAUGUUGUUUAUAUCAAUUUGUAAAAGAGAUAAUUCACUUUUGAAAGCUUAACCAUUUUCUCUGUGAAGAAUAUAUACAAUUUUAAUACAACUUAUAAAAUUGUAGAAAUAUGUAUAAUGUACAGAAGUGUUAACAUUUGUAAAAAAAAAAUUUUUUUUUUUAAGGAGUAUGAAUUGCUUGAUGGCCGUGGUGCUGGGAGGUCAGUUACAAACCACUUAUCUCGGUUAAACAAUAAGAGUUGGCUAGCACAUAUUAAAACAGAUCUGAAUCCACAUAGGAAAAAUGCAACUUUGUAACUCAUUUAAUCGGUCCCUUAUGUGGAUUUAUUUAUGAUCAGCUAAUUAAAAGUAUUUGCUUGAUCAUGUGUUUUUAUCUCUAUGUGAUUACUGCAUUUUAAAAACCAAUACCAAAUUUGUCGUGCUGUAUUAAAGAAGGUUUAUUACUUUAUAGGCCUCCUGAAAAGAGGCUAGUGGGAAUAUUGAAUUCAGGUUGGGAUUUUGAUUAGAGAUAUAUUGGCUUGUGACACUAACUAGCGGCAGCUAGUAUCUUUUAGCCUUAGAUUACUUUAGGUAUUUUUGCAACAUUUUAGGGUCCUGGAUUCUCUGUUUUGUCAUCCCAUCACCAUAGGAUGUUAAAGAAAAACCAAUUGAACUUAAAAAUGGAUGUUUCUUCAGCAGGUGAUCCAAAUAUUUGCCCGCAUUUUUCUUUUCAUUUUUAAAGUUAAAACUUUCGUGCACAUGAAGUCUAAAUAGGGCUAUUGAUUACACAUUUGCAUUUUAUUUCUGAAACACAAGUACAGCUAUAGAAUGAAAUUUUAUUUUUAAAAUGACUUCUUUUUAAAAAAAACAGCUAACAAGCACUAAUAUAUUCUGAGAAAUAUCUAUGUCCUAGUAUGUUUCUACUUAUAACAAUGUCCUUAUGCAACAAAGUUGUUCAAUUACUUUUCAAUUUUGGUUUUAUGAAUACGCAGUCGGGAUACUACAUUUUCAGUAACUUUUACUAAAGCAUGCCAAAGGAUUUCUCAGAAAAAAAAUCAACUGCUUCUAUUUGUGGCAUAUUUUAGGUAUCUAUCAAAGUAUGUUGCAUCAGAAUAAGAAGCAUUCACCUAAUACUUUAAACUUAAAAUAAUUCAUGUUUUGAAAAGAUAUAAUGCCUCAAAUAUUUUGGUAAACAUAUUGACUGAAAAUGUAUGUUAUAUGGAACCAUAAAUGUGUCAGAUGCAUUAAGUGUGAUUUUAAGAAUUAUUUUUUGAAAAAAAAUUCUUGUGGAGCUUAGUACUGAAUAUUCAGAAACAUCCAAAGCCAUGAUGUAUGGUAGAUGAAUCUGUAAAACAAUUCUUAAAGUUUUAUUCUUCUAUAUUUUAUAUAUAAAAAUUGUCAUGAAAAGUACACGAGCAGUAUUUUGCUUUGGGUAAGAUGUUUGCUGCCUCUUAGAUGGAAAAUAUUUAGCACUUGUAAUCCUUCCUUAUAGUUCAGUAUAACAAAAAACAUAAAGAUGGGUGAGUUCAGGUAAGUGCUACAUAUAGUUACUAGCUGAAAUUCAGCAUUAUGAAUUGUAAGAGUUUUUGCAAAUAAAGGUUGGUCAAUGCCUUGUGAUUAAACAUUAAAAAAAGAGAAAAUUGAUAGAAUGUUUUAGUUUUAUUUAUGAUGCAGUCCUAUAUCUUACACCAUAUUCUACUCAGGAAAAAAAUGCUCCAUUGAAUUCAAUAGUAGCUCCUCAUUUAAUUCUACAGACUUGCUGCCUCAAUUCUGCUUAUGCAAUUUCUUUUACCACUUUUACUGGUUCUUAGGGAAUUAUGCAGAAAAGAUGAAAAGUUUGUGAUAGUUUUAUAAGUAUCUCAAGUCAGUGUUUUUAACUUUCUCCAUAACUGCUAAACUAGGGGUCCCCAACCCACAGGCCCUGGCCCACUACUGGGUUGCGGCCUGUUCAAAACCCAGCAGUGGGAGAAAUGGGCACACAUGUGCCCAUGAAGCUCCAUUGCACAAAUGGAGGGUGUGCGUGAAGCUGCAUUUGUGUGAAUGGAGCUUUGCGCGCAAAUGCCAUCCACUCACGUGAAUGGUAUUUCAUAUACGAGCACAGGCACCUUCCACUUGCGUGAGUGGAGUUUCAUGCAUGAGUGCAAGCACCCUCUGCUCAUGCGCAAAGCUCCAUUUGCACGAAUGGAGGGCGCCAUGGCCACUGUUUGUAUAUUUGCAGUUUUGUGCAUGUGCGCUUGCCACUCAUACCCCCCCCCUCCGCCCUGGGCUGGGUUGCCAAGUUGGAAAGGUUAGGGACCGCUGUGCUAAACCAAAUAUUUGAAUAAAAUACUCCACAGGUUGAUGAAAGUGGAGAAUGGUGAGUGAAUAUCAACUCUUUGGUUUCCAUUUUGAAGCAUACCCUGGACUAAAAUCUGGUUGCCCAGUAGACUGCAAACCCAACCUGUAUGGUUGAUUUAUGGUUAAUGGUUAGUUAUGGGCUAAUUUUAUGUGUGUAUGUGGACAUAGCCACUGCCUUGAACACAGUUUUGAAAAUUAAUGAACCUUUUUUUAAAAGGUUCUGUACUGGAUGGAUUCUUGCUUGAUUUGAAUUUAGUAUUGAUAAUAAGCAUGUUGACUGUUCAGAUCAUUUCAUAUGUAUAAUCUUCAUGCUAGCACAGUAUUUUCUGCUAAAAUUAUAAAUGUGAAUCAAUGGAUAAAUGAGCUAGGAAGGUAGUUUAUCCUGCUAGCUGCCAUAAGAGUCAUCAGUUCUAUUGCCUCUGAAUCAUUGUGAUUGAGGUGGUGAGAUUUAUGCUUUGUAGUGGCAUGCAGUGAAUGCAUUCACAUAGGGCAGGAAAGCAGGGGCUUUUUAGCUUGUUAACUGAAUAGAUUUUGUGUAUUUAGAGAAAUUACAUAAGCAGUAUUUGAAAGAAUUCUUAGCUGAAGUUAAUUAAGUUGAAGCUAGUUUACGUUCAUUGAAAGAAGGUAGAAAAAUUUACUUAAAUCCAAAUGUAUUGGUUUUACUAAUAUAUGGCUGGCAAAAUGGAGGGUUGUCAUUAUCACAUUACAUGUGCUUAAAGUAAAGGAGUUUCUAGUAAUAACUGUAUAUUAAUGGUAAAAUCUCUUGUUUUUUGUGUUUGAAAAGUAUGUAUCCGUGUGUGAAGCUUUUGCAAGUCUCAAAAUGGAGAUACAAGUAUAGAUAUUCAGGCUGAUCUGAGCUACUGACUUUAUUCUCUGUAUUGAGACAAGUAGAAGGGUUAAGCUUGCAUAUUAAAGAGAAUCUUAAAUGCCACUUAUUUAUUGUUGUCUUUUUCCAAGAAUGUAAAGUAUGCAUGUUUUAAGUCGAAAAUGUCUGAUCCAGAGUCAGCAACGUGUUGUAUAAUUAAAUGGGUAUCUAUCUUUUGGUUUUCCUGGUCCAGUUCUAACUAGUGCAUAUUCUAGUGGAUUGAGAACAUAGAUAUAUAAUAAUGAGUGGAACCCUAUGUGCAAUUCUGUUCAUCGGAUGUGUUGUUCAGCCAAAAGUAUAACACCAAAAACUAUAUCUAUAAUCUUUUUGGAGUUAGUACAUAUAUUUGGAAUUUUGUGGGUAUGUUUGAUUAUUGGAAGGCAGACUAUAGACUAUAUGUAUCUACAUUUUGAUCUGAGAUGUUUCAUGUAGAUAAACAUAAUUGAUGACAAGUGAAUCCAGUGGAUGCAGCUUUGAAUGUGAAUUGAUCAAAAUGGCUGAAAAUACAGUAAAAGUGUCACACACUG